AUGUUCGACAGAAUGGCAAAUCAUACCCAAGUGUAAGUCAAGCCGUCUGGCUUAAGAGCUAUAUAUAUAUAUAUUUUUUUUUUUUAAUAAAGAAACUGAAUUUAGUAGCAGUAGUAGCAGACGUACAGAUUCUAGAUACUCCUAGAUAUACUCUGUAUACUCUUGAGCUUACCUGUAAAUUUUGAACCGCUGAAUUUCAUGGGUUUACCUAGUCAUUUCUAAAAGUAUUUAAACCUACGUAAAAACACGACCAAAAACUUGUGAGAAUUUUACGAAAAGCCGAGAGCACCUCUAACACAGAAAAAACCUAUUAAUAUCAUUAUAAUUAUUAUAAAUCUUCAUUAUCGUUGUUGUCGUCGUCAUCAGCGUUAUCGUUACAUUUGUCGAAUUUGUGUUAAUUUUUUUUUUUUAAUACAGCUUCACGUUCUUGGCUUUAAUUGGUACACGUAUAAAGUUUCUUGAACCUGUCUUUUUUUUCUUUUUACCUUAAGUAGUUUUCAUUAUCCCGUAGGGGGAGGGUUGCUGCUGCCAAAAUCACGUCGGGUUUUACACCCAAAAGUUUUAAUUCAACUUAUUGAUAAUCAAAUUAUGUACAGGGCAUUGACGUGUAAAAACCUUCGUCAGCUGCCUCUGGGAAAAUACGUGUCUCAAAUGUAAGUAGGCCUUAAGUUUCAUUUUCUUCUCACGCUAUAGAAUGAUAAACAUCUGCACAGACGUUCUAACGGCUCAUUUGACUUUAAGGGUUUUAAUGAGUUUAAUUCCUAAAAAUUCAGCCUUUGUAUAAAAAAAAGCCUGAUCGGAACUAGUCAUGAUAUACUGCAAUCCCUGAGAAUAACUCAUAACUCUUGUGUUUGAUGACGUCAUUUGGUGAAUUUGUCCCCCAACCCCUUCCCCGGCCAACUUUCCAUGAGCGUAUGAGUUUGGUUUCAGUGCUAUGGGAAUACUCACUUGGUUAAAAGUUGUCUCGAGUAGGGGGAGGUCAGUUUUGACAACAAUUUUCAAUUAGCAUUUCAUAAAUUUAUUCUUCCUUUCCAUUACAAAAGAUAUGAAAAUAACAAUAAAAACUGUAAAUAACUUUUAAAACAACUAUUGAUCUUGGUCAUUUCAACGUGUCGACAUUUAUAAGUACUAUCGGCUUUGGCUAUUGAUCUCUUCACGGGAAAAUUACGAUAUUGUUUUCAACCUAGUUUUUAUUUAUUGUCAUUGUCCAGUCUUCAGUGAUUGUGCUCCCACGACAUCUCUGCACGUCAUUUUGGACAACGACCAAAGUAGCUUCAGUUCAUGCUUUACACGCUCAGGUUUUGUGUGCCAGGACUGUGCAUCCCACGAAAAACACAGUGUACGACUCAAAUGUGCAAAUUGCAGCCUAUGUCCAGUUGGUACCUACGUGUAUACUGAUGAAUCUCGCUGUCUACUGUGUCGUGCAGGUAAUGAGAAGAAACAAUUAUUUUAUCGUUGACAUCCGUAUUGUAAAAAGAAAAGUGACAAGGAAUCACUUUAUUUGCCUGGCUAGAUGGUCACCGGUAGUGGCUUCAGCUGUUUAAUAUAUGUGUUAGAAAGAACGAAACCUGGCUCCUACAUGCAUCGUUAUUCCCUUUCUGAACCAAAGUACAAAAAGGAAUAACUGAUUAGACGAAUUUUAGUGCGAUUAUUGCUAAUACGUAAAUUUAGUUCAGCAAGAAAAAAGACUGACCAAUUUGAUAACGAGAAACGACUGAUCAGAUGCCAUCUAAAUUCUUGAUCAUCCUUGUUUCCUUUGCUUUUGGGCACACGAUUGAAUUUUGAUGGAUCGUUAUUCUUUUCCUUUUAUGCAUUUCGUUAACUUUGGAGAUGGCUUAGGCAAUUAAACGGUGCUGGUAUACUUUAAUAUCGUUUUCUCAAAGGUGUACUUCUUUUAUCACAAAUGAAUUGAAAACAGACAAUAACAUUGAUAAAAGGUGUCUCUAUGCUGUAAUUCAAUGUAAUAGUUGAUUCUCUUCUUAUGAGCUCAGAGAAUCCACCAGUAUAACUGUAUCUAAGCUCCAUAAUAUCUUUACAGGAGGUUUUUAUCAGAAUGAAAUGGGACAAGUUGAUUGCAAAAGAUGCAGCAUCGGUACAUUUGUUUCUGAACGGCGAAGUCCUGGGACCAAAGCUACCGACUGCGUGGCAUGUCCAUACGGUAACUGUUGUGUUUCCUUUGGGCGGACGGCACCUUUUUUUCAAUUCAAAUGCGCUUAAGAAUAUAAUAAUGCGAAGUUUUUUGUUUAUUGUUUUUUUUUCUGAAAAGGCUAUUAAAGCGAUUGACUCAUCCUUUGGCAGUCACUAUCACCAAUUUUAGUUCAACACACAAAACACAUUCAUCUAAAAUGGAUUAUCCGGAAGUCGGAUCCAUCUUAGAGCGCAUAAGCCGAGAGUAUUUGUUUGUUCAGAGGGGAAGGAUAAUAGUCAUUCAGAGAAAAAAGGAAGUGAAUUCGUGGAAAAGCCCUUCUGUCAAUGUUAUGAUGUUUCUAUAUAUAGGUCUUCGACAUGUUGCAAAGUGGUUGCUUAAAAAUGAACCAUUCUUUUCAGGUACGCUUUCUAACGAGACUGCUGAAUAUCGUGCAUGCAGAUGCCUACACAACUUCUAUCGGCUAGAUCGUUUUGGCCCGUGCUCAGCAUGUCCACCGUACGGUUUUGUUUGUAAGAAGGACACAGGAAUACUUGCUCCUAACUACUUCUGGAAAUGGUCAAAUCAGUCUGACAAAGAACGAUACAAAGGUUUUGUUAACAAUAUCCAUUCUACUGGAUCAGAUUACGACAAGUCCUUUUCAACGUUCAAUACUUUACUUCCAAAGUCACUCAAAUGUCCCCAUGCAAAUUCCUGCAAGGGUGGAAUUGACUCAGAAUGCCAUCAAGGAUAUCAAGGGACUUUGUGUGCAACCUGCUCUGAAGACUUCUACUUUCGCUUCAGCUCCUGUUUGAAAUGUCCCCGGUUAAUUGUAACAGUAACUUCAUCCAUUUUGGUAAUUGUUCUUUUUGUUGCCGUGUUUCUAAUAGUUCUUUGGGGUGACUCCAGGCGUGCAGAGAACAACCGGACAGUUGCAGAUGUCGUCAUGUCGUGCUUUAAGAUUGUAAUUGGUUUUUACCAAGUAAUUGCUGGUAUUUUCUCGGCAUUGGCGAAAGUCCAGUAG